CGUUGGGUCCUAGGGUCCUGGGGUUCAGGCCCGCUCACUGUGAAGCAGCGUUCUACGUGGCCCGUGUUCCGUCAGUCUGGAACCUCUCAAGGCUGAAGCUCCCGCCUGCUUUUCUGCUGCGGCCUCUCGCUCUUUAGACACGGUUCUGCUCACGUUGGACUUUGCUUUGGGUUCUCUCCAUCACUUGUUCCUCCCCCCGCAUCAUGUCUAUUCUGUGUUUCCCCUGCACUCAUUCGUUCUCGCUGCGCUCCGGUUCUAUUUUUAGCCGCCGUAGGAUCCCCACCCUCUCCUUCCUCCUGCUCCAUGUUCGUCAUCACUCCCUCCUCUCUGCAUCUCCUCAUCUCGUCUUUCCUUUUCUCCAGCUCAUUGCCAGAGAAUGUCCUCGUCUUCUAUUAAAGUCCCGUCGAGCCCUGAUGAUGAUGAUGAUGAUGCACAUUUGUGACCCCCCCUCAGGCCGGGCUCAUGGGCAGUGGAUGUGUAGCAUUAGCAUUAGCUGUGCUUGACGAGGUGGAGUCAGCGUCUGAGUCUGGGCUUUGUGAAACCUCCUCCAUGCAGCUGUUCUGCUCCUCCAGGUUCCGGUUACGUUCUUAUGGGUUCAUGUGCAAGAAGCGUGGACCGGUCCGGUUCUACGCAGGUCGCCUGCUGCUUUAAACCAUCUUAUCUUUAAACAUCUUAUCCCAACUUGAUACCAUCGGUCUGUCUUUGCAGCUCCGCCUUUGAUUUGGACCUGCUUCGUACGCAGCGUGUUCCACAUGAGUGGAGGGCGUCUUCGGCGCUGACUUACUCAGCAGAGGAAUAGUAUUAUGGGGUGUGUCCACCAACGGCUUUCUGUCCUGCCGCCGCGGGACCUCGGGUUGUUCUGUCAAACCUGCUGGAAGCCGUCGGACCUGAAAUCGAGGCGUGUUUCAGGCCUUGGCUUCGUUUCUGUGCCGCCGUCAGCGUGCGGCGGUAACAAAGUUGUGACCGGAGCCACGGACGGGAUCGGUAAAUCCUACGCGGAGGAGCUGGCGCGCCGAGGAUUCGCCAUAAUGCUGAUCAGCCGUUCUCAGGAGAAGCUAGAUGACGUGGCCAAGUCGCUCGAGGAGCAGUUUAAGGUGGAAACCAAGAGCAUCGCUGUGGACUUCGGCAGGGCGGACAUCUACUCCAAGGUGGAGGCCGGGCUGGCGGGUCUGGAGAUCGGUGUCCUGGUCAACAACGUGGGCGUGUCCUACCCCUACCCCGAGUACUACCUGCACAUCCCCGACCUGGACCAUUUCAUCAACAACAUGAUCAACGUCAACAUGACGUCCGUGUGUCAGAUGACUCGCCUGGUGCUGCCCAGAAUGGUUGACAGGUCCAAAGGUGUGAUCCUCAACAUCUCCUCAGCCAGCGGCAUGUACCCCGUCCCUCUGCUCACAGUCUAUUCUGCCACAAAGGCCUUCAUGGAUUUCUUCUCGCGUGGCCUCCAGGAGGAGUACAGACGCCAGGGCAUCAUCAUUCAGAGCGUGCUGCCCUUCUUUGUGGCCACUAAGAUGACUCGUAUCAGGAAGCCCACCUUUGACAAGCCCACUCCAGAUCGCUACGUGGCUGCAGAGCUCGGCACCGUGGGGCUGCAGAGCCAGACCAACGGCUACUUCCCCCACGCCGUCAUGGGCUGGGUCACCACCCGGCUGGUGCCCAGCAGCAUCGUCAUCUUCCUGGGCGCCCGGAUGAACCGCCUGCAGCGCACCGGGUACCUGCAGCGGAGGAAGCUGCGGGAGCAGAAGAACGGCGCCAGCUUGAAGAGCGAAUGAGGAUUCUACUUCGUGCCUUCAGGAAACGAAAGCCAGACGACAACCUGCUCUGAUGGGAUUUCAUUGAAGAGAGGCUGUAGUCACUGAAACCGGUGGAAACUAUACAGCCAAAAAUUGUGCGUGCGUUUGUUAGCCCUGCUGUUGUAAGCAGCGGACACGGUGAUGGGCAUUUUUUAUAUGUAUAAUUAUUUAUUUUUAUAUCGAGGCGCCAAAGUCUCAUAACUGAACUGACCAGGAUUCAGCCUAGUUGUUUCCCCAAUCUGCUCUCAGGCCUUGUGUGUUUACAGAUUUACACUGUUUGUGGUGGGGUUUUGUUUCACUACUUCUUUACUGCUGCGUUUACUUAAAGUGCAUUAAGUAGCGUAAGAACUGCGGGUCCAAUGAGCGGGUACUGACUAAAAGGAUUCAAUCCAUUUGGUGCUACGUCCGUGUGAACUACACAGCUGCUCACUCGCCUCUCUGAUUCAGCUCUACACGCCUGGUUCUUCAGUGUGUUUUAACAGGAUGUUAUAUGAAUGGAGAAUAUUCCUUAUGGAGCUGCUGACGUUCUCACAAACGGAAGCUUUAACAUUCAUGUGUAACCGCUCCUCUGUGCAGUGCCUGGUAUGACUUGGUCUGACCGGUGCCUCCAAGAAGUGGCCUUGUACAAGCUUUUCCUUUGUAAAUGAUUUAAAAUGCUUUAUAUAGUUCUACUUGUAAAAUGCACAAACUAACUUUAUUCUAUGAUGGUGACCUAUUUUCUACAAUUAAUAAAAUGUCUUUCAUUCA